AAAAAAAACCCAGGUUAGUCUCUUUGCAUUUCAUUGUUUGGUUUCUGAGAAAGUGCUUAAAAAUGGGUUUUUUAAUCCUCCAUUCACAAGGUUUCAUUUUUCAUUUUUCUGGGUUCUUGAAUUUCUUGGCAACCAAAUGGGGGGUUUUGUGAAAUACACAGCUUUUUGACGUUUUUAAGGAUUGAAUGUUAAGUUUUUGAUAUGGGAAUAUUCUUCUUUUCCCUUUUUUUGUUUUGUUUUGUUUUGUCUGUGUGUUAUGAUAAACAAUUAAUUAAUCUUUGUUUGAAUACCUCCUUUUGAAUAUGAAUCGGAAUCAUAUCUUAGUUCGAACUUGUAAUUUAAGGCUGUCUCUAUCUCUGGCAUUUCCUUUUGAUUUUCUCAGUGCUGAUUGGGGUUCCUGUUUUGUAAUUAAAGAUUGAAUUAUAGCGCAACAUUUAGGCAUAGAAUCAGAACUAGAAUGUCAUCUAAUUUGUUUUUGUUUUUGUUUUUAGUCCUUUUCGUUCCCUUGAGUUUGAUUUUGGAUGGGUUUUGCUUUUAUUCACAAUUUUUUGUAGUAGGAUAGACAAUUCUUGAUGCAAAAUUUUCCUUCAUGGAGACAAUGAUUUCCUCUGUUUCACCGGCAAUCCCUCGAGGCCCGGCAAAUUUUGAUGAGGUUUCUAUGCAUCAGAGCUUGCUCUUUUCUGACAGUCUGAAGGAUUUGAAGAAUUUGAGAACACAGCUGUACUCAGCUGCCGAGUAUUUUGAACUUUCAUACACCAAUGACGACCAAAAACAGAUAGUAGUGGAUACAUUGAAAGAUUAUGCCAUUAAAGCCCUCGUGAAUACAGUGGAUCAUUUGGGUUCUGUUACAUAUAAGGUUAAUAAUCUCGUGGAUGAAAAAGUUGAUGAAGUUUCUGGAACAGAGCUUCGGGUAUCUUGUAUAGAACAGAGAAUACGGACAUGCCAGGAGAACAUUGAUCGUGAAGGCCUUUCCCAGCAGUCGCUAGUGAUAAACACUCCCAAGUACCACAAGCGAUACAUCUUGCCAGAUUCACACAUUUCAAGCUCAGUUGGGGAGACCAUGCAAGGCACUAAUUCAAGUUAUCAAGGGUUUAGUCUGGACGAUGAGGACAACUGGAAUCAGUUUAGGCACGUUGUUCGGCCUACAAUUAGAGAGACCCCAUCAUCCUCUGGCAGUUUUAUGCCAUGCAGGAAAGGGCGAUCCCCAUCACCUUCUCCAGGACCCUUGCAACGAUCUGGAACCUUCUUGUUCACUAGCAGCAUGCCAAAAACAGAACUAGAAAGGAGGACAGUUUCACCUCAUCGAUUUCCUCUGCGACGUUCUGGAUCUGUCUCUAGUCGGCCAACCACCCCAAAUCGAAGAUCGACCACCCCAAAUCCAACUCGGCCAACCACUCCCACCCCUCCUGCUGGAAGACAGCGGUAUGCUUCAGAGCCUCGGAAAUCGGUUUCAAUGCGCCUCCGUCCUGAAAAAGAAAAGGAGAAGGAAAAUUCCAAAGAGAUAGACCAAUACCCGAGUAAAAGUAAACGUCUGCUCAGGGCCUUGCUCAGCCGGCGCAAGUCCAAGAAAGAUGAUGUGCUCUAUACAUACUUAGAUGAAUACUGAGAGAAAUACAGCCCUAUUUCCGUAGGCAUUUGUGCCAUCAUGUAACUUUUCAUGAUUUUUUGGGCUGUCCUUUUUCGUAAUUAUUCAGCAGUGAUGUAAUUUAUCAUUCACAUAAUAAUUUUAAGUUGGUUGAUAUAUAUCAUUUUAUUAGGUUCUAUGGAAGGUUGAUUAGUGUCUCAGUACUUGGAACUAAAAUUCUUUCCCAAUGAUGGCUUCAAUGCCUAUAAUUUGAGAGAUAACAUGACGCCUUCUCUCGAAUUCAAAGAUGUGACACAAACAAUGACUCUUUGCUGGAAUUUAGAAACAGUUUCUGAAUA